AUUCUCAAACAUAAAAAAAAUAUAUUGACAUUUUAAGCAAAUUAUAUUUACCUUUUAUUCUCCAUAUAUUUAUAAUUAAUAUAUCCUUUGAUAUAUAUAAUAUUCGAUCGAGAAAUAAUCCAACAUUUGGAAUAGUUAAUGGAUUGCAAGAGAAUGAACGGUUGCUUUUUGGUCUUCUACUUCUUCCUCGUUCUUUUCAUGAUGAGCUGCAGCCGGAGCAAUACGGCGGUGGAGGCCGGAAGAGUGUUCCCGGGAGAUUUUGCCGCCGUAGCAGCGGGCCUCCCGACGUCGUCCUCAGUGUUCGAGCAGGCCAAGAUGAGCUGGUCCAGCUUGCUCGAGAUGCUCCCGUCUGGGCCCAGCCCAAAGGGGCCCGGCCAUUGAUUUGCAUUUCUAUCCAUGCAUGGCCCCCAAAUUUAUUGCACGCGGAUAUUAAUUGUUUCUGUACUCCGUACCAUUCUUUUAUUUGUUUUUUUUAUUCUUUUAUUGGUUCAUUACCUAUUCAAAAAAAAAAAUGAAUUCUGUCCCGAAGAUGCCUUCUGACCCGGUCAAACGGUCACUAAUUUGGUGAUUAAUUUGCAUGCCGUCUCAUUGUAACGGAAGUGAAAAUAAUAAAACAAUGUCGGUUAG